UUUCAUUGAGUAUUGAAAUUAUCAACUUUGAGUAUUGAAAUUAUCAACAUGUGUGUUCCUAGACACAACAGUGGACCGUAGUUGCUCCAACUGACGCUUUAAUAAUAUUAGUUUCAUCCUAGUGGUCCCUAAUUAGCAGCUAUAGCCAUACAAUAACGAAAUCGCCUGAAAUAAUCUCUUGAAAAAUUGCAUAAACAAAAGGUGUGUGAAACAGAACAUUCUUGUUAUAACGACUGUGGUUGUCCCGCAGCGCGAGGAUAAGUAAGCUACUUUCAUUCGGAAAGUAGACUGUUAUCUACGGUAAAAAUAACGCUUACGCAAGAAAUGGCGUCCGAAUUAGAACGUCCAAAAUGUUAUUGGCAUAAUUUGUUACCCAACAGUAGUACACUCGGUUGUUUGUAAUAAACUAAAUUUAACUUAAAAAAAAGUAUUAGUCUAUAAAACCGGUUAGUAGUAGAAGAGCACAACAAAUAUUUUCAUUCAUUUAAAAACGUAACACAAAAUAUAUACAAUAUUUAUGUUUUAAUUUUAGGCGUAACAUUUUGCCAAUAUUAUGACUUGCAACUCAUCACAAUAAAUCGUUUGUUACGUAAUCACAAGGUUCAACGUAUUUGUAAAACAUAGCUUAAUGUUUAGCUUUAUUUUAGUAAAAAACUAUUUUCUGAAUGUAUUUUUUCACGUCUUGUUCCUCAAUGUAUAACUGCUUAUAAUAUAAGCUAGCGUUUUCACCAUGUACGGAUCAUUAUUAGAAUGGUCCAUAAUUAGCUUAUGUAGGAAGAAUGAGUGAAAGACCUGUACCUACCCCUCGAAAGUUCCAACCGUGCCCUACUUCUGGGAACAAGCUACGCAAGCAACACAAAUCUAGUAGUUCAAUUACGGUAACUAACAGCAAUGAUUUGUCGUCAGAAGAAUCAGACAGUCCUGACGAAUGGAAAAGUCCAAAUCAUUUAAAUAGGUCCGCUAUAACACCUAAGCAUUAUCCAAGUUUACAGCAUCAAAAACGUCCAAGUUAUGUAAUGUCGUCAGAAACCAGUCUGUCCACGGCUACUACAGUGAGCGCCCCGCUAACAGUAAGCGCGCCUCCAACCAAAAGUAAAUUUUCACGUUGGAAAAGGUUUUUUAGUUUUCCUUUCCGAAAGAAAAAGCCCCAGAUAAAUACACUGUCGAGUGUAAAUUCAGAAGAGUCAGUUACGACGACAACUUCAGAAGAUACCGACAUUGUGGCUCCGCAAGCUAGCUAUACCAGAAAAAAGUCAGUUCAAAAAAGACGUGAAACUAUAAAAGAGGUCCCUCUUCGUCCAACGUAUUCAAGUACAGCAGUACAAUUAAACGAAAAAGUAAAAUCGGCCGAAACGUCUGCUGCUGAAAGUAUUAACGAAAAUAAACCAUUGUCGAAUGAAAAUGGAGAUUCCUGGGGAUGGAAUUACUUCUUGGGUAAAUCGCCAUCGCCUCAACCCGAGGAAAUACUUAUAGAUAUUCCUUCGUCACCAGAACCACCAGAACCACCAGAACCACCAGAACCAGACGAAAUAUUUCAACCAGAAAUUAAAAACUCAACCAAACAAAAUCACGUUGAAGAACAAGAUUCAAUAACACCUACACCAAAACCGACCCCUCGACCCAGAAAAAUCAAACGCCAACCAAGUCAACAGGAAAAGGAAAAAAAUGAACAUUCACCUCGUAAAUUAUCAUUGUCACCGACAAACCAGCAAACAUUCGACUUAUCUCGCGUGCACUACCUAGUGGUUGAAGCGGCGUACCAUGGGAGGGCGCUGUUGGAUACGGAGAAGGCUUACAUUCAACACUGUGUGACAUUGCUGAUCGAAAAACUAUUAAAGGGGGAAACUAGUGCAAACAAAUUCGCCGUUGAUGAGAUUGUGACAGAACAACUAGUCCAACAGCAACAAGCCCCUGCACCAUCAAGACUCGCAGCACAGGAAUACGACCAUUCAUCUUUUGUGAAACACAUGCAUCUACUUAACAACCAACCAGUUGCGUAUAAACCGUCUGCCUCGCCACCAUCGCCACCGAAAUGCAUCAAACUUUCCCCCCAAAGUCGACCCCAGAAUCUCCGCAGCUCUCCUCGCUACGCCCCCUAUCCAAAGUUGAUGCGGGAAAUCCCCACCGAUACGUCACCAUCCAACAUGCAACGUCACAGUCGUAACGGUAACAACGACCUUGCUUACCAAAACAUGGAUACCAAGUUCAAGUUGUCGCAAAACGAAUCAAAAGCAGAAGUUUCUGGAACACCAGCGGCAACUAAUGGCGCUGCUGGUAGCUCUUCAAGCGAAGACUCCGUCACUCGUCUCAUGAACUUUAUGAACUCAAACGAAAAAAGCUCCAAUGUGACGUCACAGCCACGUCACCAUCGUCGAAAAAAAGGAGCACUGACACCUAGCGGAAAUUGUCUUCGUGACAUAACACCCAGGGUGAUUUUUCCGCCCAGCGCUACAGCGUCUCCUAGCGGUUCUAUUUCGAAGCGUGUUUCGAUAUCAGAGCCUUCUCUCAUCAACGAAAAUAAAAUUCUCUUUCCCACCCCAACCAACAUACACAGUGAUACAACCGCCGCUAUACCCGGGGGAGACCUUAUUAAAAGAACGCCAAUUAUUCCUCCGAUUGCUCGGUCCUCGUCCGCUGCGAAACUGUGGCGUCAAAGCUCGACACCUAACGACCACGAUGCUUGGUGGAUGCCCCGCGAGUGGGCGCAAGAGCGCUGUAUUGGAGCUUUUGGUCGUGGUUUUGUUUUCGAGGCCGAAAAAGUAAAGGAACGAGAAAAAGAGGCCGAGAUUUUAAAAGAAGCAAACAUCGAAAAGAUACGUACAUGCAACUUUAUUCGGUUUUAACUUCAAAAUAAAA